AUGCCUCGCUCGUCCCCUCAGAAGUUUGGCUUCGUCGGCCUCGGCAACAUGGGCCUCCCGAUGGCGCACAACCUCGAGAAGUUCCUCGCCUCCGAGGGCCUGCCGCCCCUCACCCUGUGGAACCGCUCUCCGUCCAAGCUCCCGCCGGCGUCCAAGACGAUCGCGCACGCCGACUCGCUCAAGGCGCUCGCCAAGGACUGCGACGUCGUCCUCACCAGCCUCGCCCACGACGAGGCGGCACGCGAGGUGUACAAGGACCUGUUCGAGGGCGCGAGGGAGAGCGACGGCACCAUCUUUGUCGACACGUCGACCCUGUACCCGACGACCUGCGGUGAGCUCGAGCGCGAGGCUUCCAAGAUCGCCCGCACGGCGUACCUCUGCUCGCCCGUCUUUGGCCCACCUCCUCUUGCCAAGGACGCCAAGCUCAUCUUCGUCCUCUCGGGCGACACGUUCGCCAAGCGCCACGUCGAAAAGUUCCUCGUCCCGUCGAUGGGUCGCCGCCUGAUCGACGUCGGCAACAAUGUCGAGCGUGCGGCCGCCUUCAAGCUGUGCGGCAACGGCAUGAUCGCGUCCAUCAUCGAGCUCCUCGCCGAGCAGUACACGCUCGCCGACCAGACCGGCGUCGGCGCCGACCUCCUGUUCGAGUUUGUCCGCGAAUUCCUCCCGGCCCCGUCGUUCCUCGGGUACUCGAAGAAGAUCCUCGAAAACGACUUUGAGGGGCGCACGGGUUUCCUCGUCUCGGGCGGGCUUAAGGACGUCACCCACGUCCGCAACCUCGCUCAGUCGGUCGGCGCGACCCUGCCCGCUCUCGAUGCCGCUCAUCGCCACCUCGUCACGGCGCUCGCACACGGCGGCUCGGGCCUUGACUGGUCGGCGAUGGUGGCCGGUCCUCGCCUUGCGGCGGGCCUGCAGCCGUUCACGGGUCGCAAGGACCACCCGCGCGACACGGGCUUUGGCGCUCGCACUGACGAGGAGUCCGGCAAGGGCGGCCUCGAGCCAGAGAGCGUCGGCGGCAUCAAGGAGGUGCAGAACUUUUGAGUAGCUCGACGCGUGUCACUGUGCAAAGGAAUUGUUCAAG